GCUGGAUGCUUGCCCAACAUGGCGGCGCGCUAGGAGCGUAACAUCUGCGUUUCUAGGCGCUUCGCUCUGCGGGUGGCUUGAGACUCUGGAGUUAUAGAGGCCUAAUCCAGACCGGUCAUCUGGAAGAAACUUUGACUUCAGAUAUGGCUCUGAGUAAAUCAAUGCAUGCAAGAAAUAGAUACAAGGACAAACCUCCUGACUUUGCAUAUCUGGCAACCAAAUAUCCAGAUUUUAAGCAGCAUGUUCAGAUAAAUCUGAAUGGAAGAGUGAGUCUUAAUUUUAAAGACCCGGAAGCAGUCAGAGCUCUGACCUGUACUCUUCUAAAGGAAGAUUUUGGACUUUCUAUUGAUAUUCCGUUGGAAAGACUGAUUCCUACAGUUCCCUUGAGACUCAACUACAUUCAUUGGGUGGAAGAUCUGAUUGGCCAUCAGGACUCUGACAAAAAUACUCUCCGAAGAGGAAUUGACAUAGGUACUGGGGCAUCCUGCAUCUAUCCUCUACUUGGAACAACCUUAAAUGGCUGGUAUUUCCUUGCAACAGAAGUAGAUGACAUGUGCUUCAACUAUGCGAAGAAAAAUGUGGAACAGAAUAAUUUAUCUGAUCUUAUAAAAGUGGUAAAAGUACCACAGAAGACACUCCUGAUGGAUGCUCUUAAAGAAGAAUCUGAGAUAAUCUAUGAUUUUUGCAUGUGCAACCCUCCCUUUUUUGCCAAUCAGUUGGAAGCCAAGGGAGUAAACUCUCGAAAUCCUCGGAGACCUCCACCUAGUUCUGUAAAUACAGGAGGUAUCACAGAAAUCAUGGCAGAAGGAGGUGAAUUAGAGUUUGUUAAAAGGAUCAUCCAUGACAGUUUACAACUUAAAAAAAGAUUAAGGUGGUAUAGCUGUAUGCUGGGGAAAAAAUGCAGCCUGGCUCCUCUGAAGGAAGAACUUCGUAUACAAGGGGUUCCUAAAGUCACCUACACUGAGUUCUGUCAAGGUCGGACAAUGAGAUGGGCUUUAGCUUGGAGUUUUUAUGAUGAUGUUACAGUACCAUCACCACCCAGUAAGCGAAGAAAAUUAGAGAAGUCAAGGAAACCCAUUACAUUCGUAGUGUUGGAGUCUGUGAUGAAAGAAUUGUCCCUUAAAGCAUCAUCGUCCCUGGGCUCUGAGACAGUGGAAGGCAUAGUAGUUGUGACAGCAUGGAUUGAAAAAAUCCUCACCGACCUGAAGGUCCAGCAUAAGCGAGUUCCCUGUGGAAAGGAAGAAGUUAGCCUUUUUCUAACAGCAAUAGAAAACUCCUGGAUUCAUUUAAGGAGAAAGAAAAGAGAACGAGUGAGACAAUUGAGAGAAGUUCCCCGAGCUCCUGAGGAUGUCAUCCAAGCCUUGGAGGAGAAAAAGUCCACCCCCAAAGAGUCUGGCAGUAGCCAAGAUUUGGCCCAGGGCCCCGGGGAGAGUGUCCCAUGUGGGCCUGCUUCACAGGAAGGCGAGUCUGCCACUGUUGAGGGCCAUUGCUCAAACCAGGAUCUCCUUUCCCAGGAAGAAAACCCAGAACCCAUGGAGGAUGAAAGGAAUGAGGAAAAGGGAGGGAUGGAGGUUUUGGAGAGUUGUAAAGGCUCUAGCAAUGGAGCCCAGGACCGAGAGGCUUCUGAGCAGUUCAGCAGUCCAGUGUCUGAAAAGGGGAGCCAUCUCCAAGGAGUGGCUGGACAUUACCUAUUCAAGUGUUUGAUAAAUGUGAAGAAGGAGGAGGAUGAUGCUUUAGUUGAAAUGCAUUGGGUUGAGGGCCAGAACAGGGAUUUGAUGAACCAGCUUUGUACCUAUAUACGUAACCAAAUUUUCAGGCUUGUUGCUAGUUAACUUCUUGCACAGUUGGGAAAGUUUCUAUAAAGUAGCCUGCUUUGGGGUGGCAAGAGGCAUUCCACCAUAGGCCCACUGAUAACAUUAUGUGCAAUUAUCUUUAAAAUAAAAUAAACAAAUCUAUUUUAAAACACUCCCCACUCCCACCCCUUUAAAGUUAUUGGGCAUUAGUAUGGUAGUUCAUAAGGAAAAGUUGUUCCCAGCAUCAACAAAAAGCUAUCCGUAAACCCAGGAGGGAUUUAAACCUGACUUAAGCUGACCACCUUAGCUUUAGGCUGAGGCCGAAAGGAUUGUUUUUGGAGUCUGGUCUGGGUCGGAACUACAGAGCAUCCUGCUCGGUCAUCCCUAGUUGCUUCUUGAGGAGGGGUGGCUUUCUCGUUCUCUGAAUGGAGGCAGUACAUCGGAGAGAUAGGCCCUGUGCCCAAUUCCAGAGUCACCUGCAAGACUUCUCUGGGUACAUAGGAUUGGUUACCCUUGCGUCAGUCCUGAGGAAGGAACUGGCCUAAUGGUAGGUGGUGGGAGAGUCAGGGAGAGAAAGCUUAGUAAUGCCAGGAAGAAGGGCUGACCUGGGAGGGCGCCUGGAAGCGUCACAUUCCUGAUUCAUGUCUGUUUUGAUGGUGCUUAUUUCAGAAAACAGAAUUAGGUAAGCCAAACUCCCACCAGAUGUGACUGAGACACAACAGAAUGAAGCCAUACCCCUACCUCCCCUGUUUGAAAGUACGGUUUUGUAGUGGUUUUACUGAUGUGUAUUUUUUCUUUUUCUUUUUUUUUUUUAAAGAUUUUAUUUAUUUGAGAGAAUAAGAGAGAGCACAUGAGAGGGGGGAGGAUUAGAGGGAGAAGCAGACUCCCCGCCGAGCAAGGAGCCCGAUGUGGGACUCAAUCCAGGGACUCCAGGAUCAUGACCUGAGCCGAAGGCAGUCGCUUAACCAACUGAGCCACCUAGGCGCCCUAUAAUUUUUUUUCUUUUGACAUUUGAAGUGGAGCUUUGUUUUAUUUUUAAUAUAAGAAUAUGCAGAAUUGAAAUCUGUCAAUCCCGUUUGAAUCCUGGGAUUCGGGGGAAUAUUUCCAUAGAUCUGAAUGGAUAAAUGACUGAUGAUAGAAAUAAGAAAUGGAGCAAGAUAGUUAUGAGCAGUAGGUUGCCUAAGAAAGUCUCAUCUAUUGGCAGAGAAGUUGUAGCUGAUCAUAUAUUGCUUUUUGUGGGUUCCCUUGUAAUCUCUUCGGUGCUUACCUGUGCGCACUGGAAAUUCUGAGGCCAGGGUGACCAUGUUCUUAAAACAUGUUUCUCAUUGGAAUGUCUCAGGGCUCAGCAAGAAUACCUCUGGAAAGGGGGUCUCUUUUUUUGUUGUUCUCUUGGUGUCUCAGUCCCUCUGCUGUGCUUAACUUUCACACCUUGCGUUUGAUUUUAUACCAGUGGUCCUAAGGCUGUGUCUAGACUGAACUCUUUGAGUACAGUGCCAGAGCCCCUUCUUAUCCUCAGAGAAGACUGGGGCUAAGUAGUUAAGCCAUGCUUUUGAAAGGUGGCUAUUGGUUAGGGCAGAAAACUGAUGAAAUUGGCCUGUCUUGGCAGCACCUAGACCCAGCCCUCAGCAGAGAUAAAAGAACUAAAAAUAGGACUAUAUUGUACUUCCCUCUGUCAGUAAAGACAGAGCUGCCCAAUAGAACAUACUAACUAGGGCGCCUGGGUGGCUCAGUUGGUUAAGCGACUGCCUUCGGCUCAGGUCAUGAUCCUGGAGUCCCAGGAUCGAGUCCCGCAUCGGGCUCCUUGCUUGGCGAGGAGUCUGCUUCUCCCUCUGACCCCCCCCCCAUGCUCUCUCUCUCAAAUAAAUAAAAAAUUAAAAAAAAAAAGAACAUACUAACUAGUGUUCUUCACUAGAAGUCCAAGGACCUCUAGAGAAUCCAUAAACCUCCUGAAUCAUUUCAGAAAGCUCUGUGAACACCCCCUCCCCCCACCCCUUCAGAGAGAAGAAUCUCUGACAGGAUGAGAAAACCAGUACCUAGGGUCACACAGAGUAGCAUGUGCUCAUUAAAGAUUUGGAAAAAGAGUAGAAAACAGCAACAGAAUCAUCCCUUGUCGCAGUCUUAUGACCAUUAUUGUAUUUUAGUGUUUCCUUCUAGUCUCUCUCUGUAGAUGAUCUGGGUGCGCAAGGGUGUGGGCUUAACUUUGUACUCAUGCUGUGUAUUUAAUUUUAUAUUACACUUCUCUUCGUUUAAUGUCUUGUAUUUUUCUGUGUUAGAACAAUAGUGUAUUUACAUACAUUCCCUGCCUGUUCAAAAUGCAUUUCAGGCACAGUACUAACUUUCAUUUAAGUCUGGUACUGAGGGCUGCCCGGAAAGUGCUCUGUGUGACUGGAGGCGCAGAAGAUGCAUCUUGCUUCUCUAUGUGUUUCAGUGCUCCAGGUUUAAGGCUCAGUGUCCUGGAGGAGGUUUUAUAGGUGGUGAGCUCACGCUCUUAGAAUUUAAAAACUGAAUGAUGAGGCUUGAAGCUUCCAACUAGAGCUGUGAGUGCCUUCUUUGCACUUGGAUGUCUUCGUUUUCUUCUCUGAGAAGAAAGUUUAUUUCUGUCUAACGAGAGAACAUUGGAGACAUUUUUAAAAGACAUCCAGAAAUUUUUUUAAUUAUGCAUAUAUUUUAUAAUUGCGUGAUGUGUGGUAGCAUACACUCUGGUAUAAGGGAAAAAGGAAUUUUUUUUCUUUUUUCUUUUUUUAAGAUUUUAUUUAUUUAUUUGACAGAGACCACAAGCAGGGGGAACGGCAGAGACAGGGAGAAGCAGGCUUCCCGCUGAGCAGGGAGCUGGAUGCAGAGCUUGCUUGGUCCCAGGACCCUGAGAUCAUGACCUGAGCCAAAGGCAGCCACCUAACCAACUAAGCCACCCAAGCGCCCCGGAAUUUUUUUCUUUCUAGAAAUAGAUUAUUGGGGCGCCUGGGUGGCUCAGUCGUUAAGCGUCUGCCUUCGGUUCAGGUCAUGAUCUCGGGGUCCUGGGAUCAAGCCCCGCAUCGGGCUCCCUGCUCCGCGGGAAUCCUGCUUCUCCCUCUCCCACUCCCCCUGCUUGUGUUUCUUCUCUCGCUGUGUCUCUGUCAAAUAAAUAAAAUCUUAAAAAAAAAAAAAAGAAAGAAAUAGAUUAUUGACCAAUGUAUCAUAAGGUUGAGUGAUGCUUGCCUUAGGUGCCUAGAGGUCAAGUUCAUGUUGAUGGAUUUUAUGGACUUAAAUCUUUGUGGUAUUAUCUUAAAUUCUAUUCUGGUCCCUGGCAUUGGCUUCUGAUCUCUUGGUAACUAAAGUAGAAGCAGAAGCUGAACUUACUCUCCAAGGGGUACCAAAGCUGCCUUUGUUCUUUGGAAUCUGCUUUGCUUCUGGCAGUUUGGUUCCUUCACCAGAGCACUGCUGCAUGUCCUAGAAGGGUUGGUGUCACCAUGGUGGAAUUUCAGCUGAUCUGAAGGGUUCAUGUUUGUCACUUAAAAUUUUAGUAUCUAUUUUUGAAAUAAAGAAACCUCUCUUCUCUUGAUGGAAAUGAUGUGAGCACACCAACGUCUAAGCUCUGACUAGUAAUAAAACUGCAAGAUGUGGAAAAGAUGCAAAAGCCUAUGGAAAAUCCGAGCCCUCUUAAAAGAAGGGAGUAGGUAGCCCUUCAUCUAACCUAACCCACAGCAUUUUCCUCUCUAGCCACACGGGGGCAUCUUUGGCCCUUUGAUCAAGCACCUUCACUUCACUGCAGGAAUGGAUAAAAUGUGUCCUUGGUAUUUUCUUGAAAUAUGCAUUUGCUACCCAGAUAAUAUUUUUUAUGCAAACAAGUAAAUUUUCACAUAAAUAAAAUUUGAAAAGUAGAAGUAGAAAGAGGGAAAAACCCACCACCCCAUGGUCUUUUUAUCUGGGCAUAGUAUGUUAACCUUUUUAUGUUUCUUUAUGGUCUCAGUUGACAAUAUUUUCUUUUAUUUCCAUGUAUCCUGCUACUCUAGAAGAUACCCAGGUUGGGUCAGUCUUUUGGAUUAACUUUUAUCUAGUUAAAAUGGAGGUACUGGAGGGGGCUAUACAGGAGUUUUCCAGAAGUCUUGGGUUCCAGGAAGAGUUAAUACAGAGAGUUCUAAGAAACUGUUUUCAUUGUUCUUUUGUCUUUAAAUUCUUCCUUUGGUUUAUCUGGUUGACUGGCAUAUAUGAUGUUUACUUCAGAAGUUGGCACAGUUGGCUCUGUGUUGUGUACAUUAUAUUGGUGAGCUAGGCCUUGUUUCCCACAAGGGAUGUUUCUCUGUAGAACAUAGAUCUUACUAACUCUGGGGUCUGUGUGGGUAAAGGAAAAGUUCCAUCUACCCUUAUUGUUAUGGCACAGAAUGAGAGGUGAUGGGUGGCCCCCCCAACAGAUCUGUCUGCACAUGAGGAGGGAAAACUAAGGAGCCUCUUGGAGAAGGAAAGUCUCAAAGGUGCAGCAGGUUUGCAGCCAUCCAGGAGGUGCCCCUAGGGAAGGGACGUGACAUACCUUGUUUAAAGAAGUUGGUGCCAGGAGAUUGGGUUUGCCGAGUGGGCACUAGCCCCCGUGAAAUGCAGAAGACAUUUACUCCUGAGGCUGAAUUGGCUUUGGCCUCCUGGAGCAGAGCGUGGAUUGUCUGGAACCUUUCUGAAUGCUCCCCAGUACCAAGUCUUGGCGCAGUGCCAGGACAGUAUUCGAAAGGCCUGUGUGGGGCUCAGCCCACUAGCAGCAGGGCCUCACGCACAUACCCAACAGCUCCCAUUCUGCUCUGUGGAGACCUUCAGAUCCUCUGCUGUGACUCACCCAAUGACUAAAACAGCAGUUUAUUUUUUUAAUUACUGGUUGGAACAGCUAAUGCUCCCUUUUAGAACAGCUAAUGCUGCCUUCUGGAGGCUGUGCUCUUACUGCAGGGGGCUGUGUUGGGACUGAGUGAGGGCCCUGCACCUCUGAAUGCCCUUUGAGGUGUGGCCUAUCUGCCUGUCAGUCCAAACAAAAACAUCAGGGACUCUAGGCUCUCCCUUGGGAAGUGGAGGGUCACGGGUGCUUGCUGUGAGCCAAGAAACUGUGAUAAGAAGGAGUGGACCAGAAACUGCUGCUGGACUUGGCAGAAUUGGCUUGUAUAUGAUGUUCCCAAGAGGGCAAAGGAUAUUUAAUCCCAGAUGCUUCUCCAGCACUCUAGGAGAAUGAAGAGCAGGAAAGAGACUUUGCAUCUUCAGACCUGCCUUUGUGUUCCAGUUCCACUCGCAGGGUAAGUCAGUUUCACUAAGCCUUAGCUUCCUCGUACAAAAGAUGAGGGAUUCUUGCUUCGCAGAGUUGUAGCAGCAGUGAAGUGAGAAGUACUAAGACACCUGGAGAGUGCAUAAGCAGAGCGGUCUUCUCAACUUGCUCAUCUCUUUGUAUUCUUCUUUGAGUUUUCCAUUUCUGGUCAGAACAUCUACCCAUAGACUCAUGUCCGAAGGCCAAGACCUCAAGUGUGGAACUGCAGGUGUAGAGUACCACUUCUUGACCAAGAACAAACCCCACGCUUCCAUGUACUGGAGUGACAAAUGGGGAACCAAAUUGAUUGGCCAUCUUCUACAUAAAUUGUCUCAUUUAGUAACUCAGCACAGUGGUGGGGUGUCCCUCUGUGAUAGCUUUAAAAAAAAUGGAAGCUCGGAGAGCUUAAGUGACUUGCCCUAAGGUUAUCCACAGAGCUAAGUCAUGGAGAUGGGGUUUGAACUUGGGUCCAGAAAUCUGAGACUGGGGUCUUGUACCAAAUCUCAAGAUUUUGUAACAAAUGCUACACUUAAAUGGAAAUGGGCUUUUAGGCUCAUUUGACCUACCUCUGGGGAAGGAGACUUCUAUUACAUGGCACAAGGAAGAGAGAAAAAGCAUCUCUCAAUCAGCUUCACUUCAUUUAGCACUUUAAGGUAGUAUUAUUUUCAAGCCUGGGAUCAAUGAGCAAGAUUUGAUAAAUGAAAUUGCUUAUAAUUAGUUCUUAAUUUAUGCUACCAAAUCUUCAUAGAAUUUUGUAUUUGGCAGCAGUGCAGAUAAUUAAGUAGUUAGUGGAACCACAUAAUAAAAUGUCUAGUGCAAGCACAUGUUGGAUCAGAAUCAAUGUAAAAUAACUGAUAAUUAGGUAAUGACUCUUUGAUAAUACAUAAUUGUAUAAUAAUGGAAGAAGGGUUUUACUUUUUUAAUAUUUUAAUAGGCAGCUCCAAAUAUUUCACUUAACAGAAUUGAUGUGCUUUUUGAUCUUGCUGGAGAAAGUCGCAGUUGUCAAAAAAACAGCAAGUCAUCUUCCCCAGGUAGGGUGAAUGAACUCAUGUAAGUCUAGAGGAAAGAAAAGGCUGCCUGCCAUCUGGUGGACCCAUUCAGGGAGCGUGGCCCAAGUCUAGAAACUAGAGCCAGGAAAUUCCCAGCUAGGGGACUUGGCUGGCUUCAGCAGCCAAUUAGCCCCCAGGGAAAUGGCAGCUUAGGCUACUGCUGUCCAAAAAGAGAAGGCUCUGCGGAGAGCACUGUGGAGCCAGACCCCUCCCGGGACAGCGGAGGAGGCAUGGGACUGCUCCCAUAGAUUCUGUGAUUCAAGAGAUUGGAUGUCUCUUGCUGGGAAAGGGGGGUUCCCAGUCUGGGGUAGGAUCCUUAAUUCAGGUGUGUUUGUCCCAGGAUUCCUGCCUUCAGGGGCACACGUGGGGCUUUUGAAUCAAACUCUAGCCUGUAUUUCUCUGAACUCUAGAUGAGCACUAAUAAGGACUUGAUUCAUUCACAAAGGGAAGUAUUUCCUCAUCCUCUACAGUAGGGGCCAGGCAAGAAGAGAUAGAGCUCAUAUUCUGACUAAAAGGGAUUCCCAUUGGUUGUUGCCAUGCAAAAAUAGUGUUUCUUGGAUCUUCUAAUUUUUUUUGCAAGAAGCCAGAAAUCCAGAUUUAUGAGAAAUUUACUUAAUUGUAAAUCCUGACAGCUAAUUCAGUAUUCUGUAAAAACCUGGUAGACCAUCAGUUUUGUGACCUCUUCCACCACCAGGUGGUAGAACUGUUUAAAUAUUUGCUGCCUCCACUUCCCUAACUCUUACUAACCUCACCUACUCAAGUUGGCUUGCUGCAUGCCUGCCUGCCUGUCUGCCUUUUUUAUAAAAGAGUCCUUCUCACCUCUUAGGAGAGAAUCCCGAAGAUUCCAUCCCAGGGUCCUUGUUUGCUCUUUGCUCCUAGCACUUCUGGCUGAUUGCAUCCACUCCCAUGACUUGUUCACCCGUGGAUUCAUCAUUCCCAAAUCUAGACCUUUCCUGAACUUUUAACAUCCACAUACCUAACCACCUACUGGACAUCUCCCCCAGGACCACGGCAGUGUCAAACUCAACUUACUGUUUAAACCUGCUUCUCUCCCAGGAUGCCUGGGUGGCUCAGACUGUUAAGCAUCUGCCUUCGGCUCAGGUCAUGAUCCCAGGGUCUUGGGAUCGAGUCCCGCAUUGGGCCCCUUGCUCAGCAGGGAGCCUGCUUCUCCCUCUGCCUGCCGCUCCCCAUGCUUGUGCGCGCUCUCUAAUAAAUAAACUCUUUAAAAAAAAAAAAAACUGGCUUCCCUCCCAUAUUCUUGAUCACCAUCCAUCCAGCUGCCCAGAUUAGGAAUCUCUGUUCCUCUCUCUCCUUUACCACCAGGAACUAAAAUCUUUCACGUUGGAAAUAUCUCCCAAAUUCAGCCCAGCCUCUCCACCCAGACUGCCACUACCUUAGUGCUCUCAUCUCUCAUUUGGACUGGAAGGGUCGCCUGAACCAUUUCUGGGGAACUUCAGAGCUGAGUAGCAGAAAGAGAUUUAGAUAGAUGUGGUGGCGGGGAGGGAGAUGAAGAAAACCCACGUUGGGGGGCGAAACAGGAGCACUUUCAGAAGAAGGACUGGGGUGGGAAGUAGAUCCAUAAGAACAUGUCACAUUGAGAUCAAGAGAUACGAGGCCCUUCCUGAGAGAACACAGGAGAACUUUUUCCCCCUUUAACUUGUUUCAUAGUUACAAAGGUAAUGCAUUCUCAUUAUAAGAAUUUAGAAAAUAAUGGAUAAAAAUUUAUAAUUCCACUAUUCAAAUGGAGUUAUUUUAUAUUUUGUUAGUAUUUUUAUAUGUAUAUAUAUUUUUAAAUAGCAAAUGUGGGAUCAUAUUGUGUAUGACUUUUUAUAAUCUUUUUCAUGUAGCAAUAUAUUGUGAUAACUUUCUGAUUAUAAAACUAAUCUCUGUGUCAGAAAACUUGUAAAAAUAAAAAUUACCAGUAAUCACACUGCCCAGAGACAACCACCACUAAUAUUUUGGUUUGCUAACAACCUGUUUUCUUUACAUGCCAUAUUGUGAGUGUUACUUCACUACCUUGCUGGAAAUUUUAGUUUCUGAUUUUCACUAUUGUAAAUAAUGCUUUAGUGAAUAUCUUUGUAUAAAAAAUUUUAUGUGUGUGGGGGGCGCCUGACUGACUCUGUCAGUAGAGCAUGGGACUCUUGUUCUCCCUGUCGUGAGUUCAAGCCCCACAUUAGGGAUAGAGUUUCUUGAAAAUCUUACUAUGUUUUCUUAUUGCUUUAGGAUAAACUUACAUAAGAAUUACUGAAGCUGGGCACCUGGGUGGCUCAGUUGGUUGGGCGACUGCCUUCGGCUCAGGUCAUGAUCCUGGAGUCCCGGGAUCGAGUCCCACAUCGGGCUCCCUGCUCAGCAGGGAGUCUGCUUUGCCCUCUGACCCUCCCCCCUCUCAUGUGCUCUCUCAUACUCUCUCAAAUAAAUAAAUAAAAUCUUAAAAAAAAAAAAAAAAGAAUUACUGAAGCAGGGGCGCCUGGGUGGCUCAGUUGGUUAAGCGGCUGCCUUCAGCUCAGGUCAUGGUCCCAGGGUUCUGGGAUCGAGCCCCGCGUUGGGCUCCCUGCUCGGCGCGAAGCCUGCUUCUCUCUUUCCCACUCCCCCUGCUUGUGUUCCCUCUUGCUGUCUCUCUCUCUCUGUCAAAUAAAUAAAUAAAAUCUUUAAAAAAAAAAAAAUUACUGAAGCAGAGGAACCUUUUUAAAGGUUCUUUGUGUAUAUUGCCAAUUUGGUUACUAAAAAGGUUGUGCUAGUUUACAUUUCCAUUAAUGCCAGUUUUUACCACUGCUUUGAUAGCACUACAAGGCUAAUUUUUAGUGUCUUUUUUUUUUAAGCUAUUUAUUUAUUUAUUUAUUUAUUUAUUUAUUUAUUUAUUUAUUUAUUUUAGAGAGCAUAAACAAGCUGGGGGAGGGGCAGAGGGAGAGGGAGAGAGAAUCUCAAGCAAACUGCGCUGAGCCUGAGCGUGAGGCAGAGCUUGAUCUCACAACCCUGAGAUUAUGGCCUGAUCCAAAAUCAAGAGUCACAUGCUCAACUCACUGAGCCACCCAGGCACCCCAAGGCUAAUCUUUUUUAAAAACCCUCUAUUAGGAUGCCUGGCAUGCUGGUAGAACAUGCGACCCUUGAUCUCAGGGUUGUAGGUUUGAGCCCUACGAUGGGUGUAGAGAUUACUUAGAAAUAAAAUCUUAAGGGCGCCUGGGUGGCUCAAGUCGGUUAAGCAUCUGCCUUUGGCUCAAGUCAUGAUCCCAGGGUCCUGGGAUUGAGCCCCACAUCGGGUUCCCUGCUUAAGGGGGGAGUCUGCUUCUCCCUCUCCUGCUCUCACUAUUUGUGCUCGCUUGCUCUCUCUGUCAAAUUUUUAAAAAUCUUAAAAAAAAAACCCUAAAAUCUUUUAAAAAGUCCUUUAUCAAUUGAUAGACAAGAAUUUCCAGUGUUUUAAUUUUAUUAUGGUAUUGGCAAGGUCAUUUUCAUAUGUUUAUACAUACUUAUGUUAUAUAUGUUAUUUCAUAUAUUUUAUAAAAUUUAAAUUAUGUCCAUUUUUCUAUACAAGUGUUUUUUUUGUUAUUGAACUGCAAAAGCACAUUUGCCAAUAUUUCCCUCCAUUUUGUCAUUUACCUUUCCCCUUUAUUUAUGGUGAUUUUGUUUUUACAGUUAGGAGCUUGUAGAGGUUUUUUUGUUUUUUGUGGGUUUUUUUUUUAAGAUUUUAAGUAUUUGACGCAGAGAGAGAGCACAAGCAGGGGGGGCGACAGGCAGAGGGAGAGGGAGAAGCAUGCUUCCCGCUGAGCAGGGAGCCCGAUGCAGGGCUUGAUUCCAGGACCCUGGGAUCAUGACCUGAGCCAAAGGCAGACGCCUAACCGACUGAGCCACCCAGGAGCUUGUAGAGGGUUUAUGUAAUCAAGUCUGUCAUGCCUUUGCCUUUAUAUUUUCAUUUUUUAUAUAUUUUUUACUUUUUUUUUUUUUGAGAGAAAGUGCACAAGGGAGGGGUGGUGGGCAGAGGAAGAGGGAGAAAGGGAGAAUCCCAAGCCGACUGCCCUCCCGACUGGGGACUUGAUCUCAAGACCCUGAGAUCAUGACCUGAGCCGAAAUCAAGAGUUGGACGCUUAACCGACCAAGCCACCCAGGCACCCCAUCUGCCUUUAUAUUUUCUUUGUUUGCCUUCAUGGGUAGAAAUCUUCACUGCUCCUGGAGCAGAAAAAAUGUUUCCUUGUAUUUUCUUAUGGCUCCUUUUGGCAUUAUUUUUAAUAUGUAACAUUUGAAUUGAUGUUGGUAUAUGAUGUGACAUUUAAGAACCUAACUGUGUUUAACGAAUGCUUCUAGUCAUCACAGAGUAACUCUCUGAGCAGUGACUGGGACGUUCUAGCACUGCUAUCUGAGGUGUCUGGGAUGGGAAAGGUACUCCUGUGGGCAGGGGGGUGGGGUCAUGUACUCUAUCAGCCCCCAGCCUGGAAGUGGGAGGAGAGGCAUGGGCUGGUAUGUGCCUCCUGGAGUGUCCUUGAUUGUCCCCAGCACUGUCCAGUAGAGACUUUCCCAGUGGGCCCUGGGGCUUUAGAAAGAAGUCCAGUUGUGGGUGUGGAGCUGAGCCCUGGAUCUAGGCAGUCCAGUCAUUGACAGCCACUGCUCAGGGCCUUACUGUUCUGAGAGGGCUGUUAUGAGCACGGGUAGCUGAUCUCUUGGGUUUUAAAGACUUGACUGUGCAGCCUGCCUUUUAGGUGUGAGCUUGGAUUGCUGGGACCGUCGACCUCAGUCCUUUCCAUGGGGCGUUACAGUCCAGCUCCUCUGCCCUUGGGGGGCCUCCCCUGUCAUGGACACCCCCCACCCCCACUUGACCCAGUUGGCUCUUGACUCACAAGACUACACCUUGCUCUGCUCAUAACCUUGCCCCAUCUCACUGCCAAUGACCUGAAUUCAUUUUCUCUCAUAAAGCCACCUCUUUUUUAAGAGGAAUAGCUGAAGUUCUUGUCUUUUCCCUCGUGCCUUUCUGCUUUGAUCAGUUUCUUCCUACCAAGUCCCCUAUAGCCCCCAUCUUUAGCUGCAGUGUUUAACUAGCCUCUUUGGUUUCUCAGAAAAGCUCAAAGUGCGUGGCUCCUCCCUUUUUGCUUCCGAACUGCAUUUCUUUCCUUAUUACUCAGUGUCCACACCCAGGGCGGUUGCCUGGAUAAAAAUCUGCCCCUUUCCCCAGUCACCUUUUCAGGCCAGACAUAGGCAGCAGUGAGGAAUGGCUAUCUACCCAGGCCCAGUUAGAAGCUCUUAAUUCCUCAGUGGCCUGAGUCUCUGAGAUAGUCUUAGCCUCUGGAUCCUAAGUCUGGUUCUCUUUCCUUCCCUUCUCGUUCAUCUGCUAAGUUUGUUUAUUGGGCACCACUAAGCAAAGUUAAUGAUAUUCCUGUCUUUAGCCAGAAGGGAGAAGUUCUCUCCUGUCAUCACCCAUUUCUGUGAGGUUUUCAAGGACUCUGGACCCACUUCCCAGGUUUGGGUAUCCAACGCAGUCAAGGGAGAACCAGGCUGCUCUCAUCCCAGCUGACACUAAGCAGCUUUGUGACGUUGGAUAAGACAGCUUCUCUUGGGAGGUUAGACUAGAUAAUUUCAGCUCUUCCGGCUGUGAGAUCAUAU